GUUAACCUGUUUGCGGAUGUAAACUGUGGGCUGUGUGAUAGUAUUAUUUCGGUAAAAUGCCUAAUUUUCCUAGUAAAGAAAUACUUAUCUAAAUCGAACAGUAAUUUGAUUGCUGAUUGGAAUUUGUAAUAUUAGAAUAGAAGAUCUUACCGUAGAAAGUGUGUGUUAGGGUUGGCACAAAUUUAUAAAAGUUAUAUCUUUUACAUUAAGUAUCGGAGUUUCAUUUGAUCAAUUUUAAUUAUUAAUAGUGACUUAUGAGACUAGAAGAGGUUCUUAAACUCAAAGACAAGAGAUUUCACAAAGAAUCUAAAUUUAGUAAUGCUAAAGAUUCUAAGAAAUCUAGAAUGGACAAUAGGUAUUGGAAAGAAUUUGAAAACAUGGGAGACAUGGAUAUUGACAAAAGGUCUGAGUCAGGAAGUGAGCGAGUGAGUCCUCGUUAUAGGAAAGAAUCCAGUGAUAGACGGCGGCGAUCAAAGACGAGAUCAAGAUCAAGGUCUCGCUCUCGUUCUCAUUCUCAUUCACGUUCCCGUUCAAGCUCUUCGAGCUCGUCUUCAUCCUCUCGUUCAAGUUCUAGCUCUUCAAGACAUCACUCUGAUUACCGUAGUAGGAGGAGCACUUCAAAAUCAAAGAGAGAUGCUGCUUACCCUCGAAAAUCUCCAUCAAGGACAGGGAGCAGUUAUAGCAAUAAACGAGAUGAAGAGAGGAACGGAAGUGGUUGGCAUCCGCCUAAUCACCCUGGUUAUACAAGUCAAGGUCAGGAUAUGCCUUCUUCGACUUCUUAUAUUCCUUCGCAGUAUCCAUCUUCGGUUCAGGGCUCAUAUCCUCCCAAUUUUCAAGGGCAGCAGAACUUCGGCAGCAAUUAUGGUUACCCUGGGUAUGAAUCAACUGGCAAUUAUUACCCACCGAACCCACAAAAUUUUCCACAUGCUACGCAACCUCCUAUUAAUGAAUAUAGUAUAGGAGCUCCAACGAACCAUCCACCAACAGCCAACUGGGAAAUGUUUCCAGAUACGACCCAGCCUCCUCCUAUCAUUGGUGGACCAGGUCCAGCUGCAGGCCCCUUGUCAGGUGAUUCGCACCAAGGGUUGCCAGAUAUUAAGGCCGAAGAAGCUAAGAAAGAAGCAAUUGAGCAAGAGCUACUCCAGCAAAAGAGAACGCUUGCAAAACAGCGAGAGGACUAUGUGAAACGAAAAUUCUCUUUGAACCGAGAAUUAAAUAGGUUGAAAGACCAAAAGCGGGAACUGCUGAAGGAAAAUUCGAAAGAGAAUGAAAGAAUCCUGAGAGAAAAUGCCAAACUACAGAACGAAAUCCUACAAAAGCUGAAAUCAAUUGACAAUGUUAUUGAAAUGCUUUCAAAUAUUAUUGGGGACAGUGCCCAUCUUCCGGAAGUCAUCAAAGAGAUCAAGUCGUCCGAGAAGAAGAAAUCAGACAAAGGUGAUAGAGUUCGGAAUCGCAAUGUGAAGCAUUCAAAGAAGAAACGAGAUAAAAGUGAAGAACGGCGUAGCAGUGAGUCUGCGGAUGAAGAGCACCGUGAACGCGAUCGGACUCGUGAGCGUGAACACGAAGAAAGGGAUGAAAGCAGGCAAAAGGAUGAAAACAGAGUCUAUUACGAUCCAGGCCUCCAUUGGUGUUCCGAGUGCAAUGUCUUUCCUAAGACGGUCAGUGAGUACUUAGAACAUCUCCACUCACCAGAACACAAGCAAAAUACCAAGUUGAAAUUGGAAGACUAUCCGUGGCACUUGGGACAGAAUUUGGAAGAGAAGACCCCGGUCUUGGCGAAUAAGGGCUGCCCCCCGAAAAGGAUUCCGAUAAGGGGAGUGCAGUUCCUGAUACCGGCCACCGCUUGGUUCUGCUCCAUGUGUAAGGUUUGGCUAGGAGACGUUCACUGUGCCAACAAGCACAUCCAAAGCAACAGCCACUCGACUAACUAUAAUGAGUUCAUUAUGAAAAACCAGCAUUGGGAAGUCGAUUGGCUGACAGAGAGGACCAGAUCGUAUGAGCGAAAUUCUGAAGCUAAGCAGCUUCAAACGGGGCCUCCUCCUCCACCUCCAGCCCAGCCUCCACCUACCCCCCUUACCAUUGCCACCCUCAGUGACCAGCUCCUCGCCAUGAUAGCCGCGAACUCGAAGGUCCAGGAACCACCUCCACCUCCUCCCCCACCUCCCAUUACCAAAUCUACCUCUUCUUCAGAGGACGAUUCUCCCAGCAGAAGAUUUAAAAAGAAGAAGAAGAAGUCAAAGAAAAGUAAAAAAGAAAAAGAUAAUAAGUCUCCCUCCAAGGAGAAGGAACCAGACCUGAUUAAACUGAAUUAUAAACCGGUAACAGAGAAGAAAACAGAGUUGGUACCACAUGAUGACAAUUUCAUAUCUGAAUGGAUGCCGAAAGUGGAAAAGCGGGAAGCAGUUCAGAUUAAACCUAAGCAAAAGAACGAUGUCACUGAAGUUAGACCACUGAAGAGAAGUAGAAGAUCAAGUGCAGGAAGUCAAGAAUCUUCGGGGAAUCCAUCUGAAAGAUUUGUGAGCCCUGAUGACAAUAUGUAUGAUGACCAUGAUGAUGCUGUCAUAUUUGAUAAAAAGCCUACUGCUAUUUCUUCUUCGUCAAAUUAUGAAAAAGACCAGUCUUCAAGAAGUAAAAAGAGAGAAGAAGAAGUUCCCAGGCAUGGGAGGCAUUCCAAGUAUGAUAGGAGUCCUAAAGAAAAAUUGAAGUAUGACGAUAGGUACAACAAAUAUAACAAAUUUGAUAAAUAUAAACAAAUGGAAAAGGAAGAGAAGGAGUCAAGGUAUGAAGAUUAUAAAAGUAAAAAAGAAAAUAAGUCUUACAUUAAUGAAAGAGACAAACAUAAGAAAUCUCCUGUUUCUAGAUUGAGAGAUAUAAAGGAAAAAGAAACUGAACGGAAAAGAGGAAGAGGGAAACUUGAUAAAAAUGAUGAUGAUGAUGUUCAUGAGACAUCAUUUGAAAAACGCACCUCUGAGAGUGCUGCAAAGAAGAAGGAUGGUAAAAAAGUUGCACCAAAUAAUCUACCUAAAACAAAAUUACCUUUUAUUGGUAGAAUGCCAAUAUUAAAGAAAAAAGUUGAACAAAAAUCUGAAGAAAAAGAAGAGAAAAAAGAUAUAGAAGACUCCACUUCAAAAGAUUCUAUACCUGAGCUUGCUCUGUUACAGGAACCCGUUGUGGAAGCUUUACCAACUGAUCCUACAACACCUGUCGAGGAGCUUCCGAAGUCGACCUUGAUCAUUAGUAAGCGUCCCCGACUUGCCGAACCAGGCAUUGUUAAAAAAGAAAUACUCUUUAACAAACCUGCCAAUGAUAAUCUUACUGAAACAGACAUGGACUUAGAUGAUGAUAGUACAGUUGUUCCUAAAGAAGAAGAACCGGCUAAAGACGAGCUUCACAAAGACUUUAAAGAUGCUCUCGAUCUUCUGUUUCCUGAGGAAAAGAAAACAGAUAGCAAUGAAGAAGUUGAAGUUAAACAAGAGGCGGAAGUCAAGAUUGAAGAACAACAAGCCAUUGUUGCUUCAGCAGCCCCUACAACAUAUAUGUUACCAGCUGGUUAUGAUAUGAGUAUGUACCAGACAUACUAUGACCAUGCUUACGUACAGCAGUGGGCCCAAAUGGGCUAUGACCAGACAGGACAAUAUACUGGAGCUUAUGCCUACCCACCACCUGCCAUGGAAGGAGUUCAACAGUCUGCCAUGGAAGCCAUGGUUCAGUCCACCGAAGUAACAGCUCCGGUAGUUGCCGUUCCCGCCCCAGAGCCUAAAAAGAAGAAAAAUCCUCUUUCUCAAAGAAUGAGGCGUCAUCUGCAGAAGAAGAAGGCCAAAGAAGCUGUAGAAAAGGCUAAAGAAGGGGGAGAUGAAGCUGAAAACGAGGCUGGAAACAUGGAAUAUGACAUAGAUGAAGAAGAUGGUGAGGAUUUCGAAGAGGAGGAGCAGGAACAAGAGACUGAAAAUGAAGAAGGUGUCAGAGAAGUGCAGAGAGGUGAAGGUCAGAGUAAGAUGGGUGAUAUGUCUGAUCUAGCGCUGCUGGGCAUUGACGAAGACGAUGCUGCGGCGCAAGGAUUCUAUUAAAUAUAAUUUUAGAGUUUUACCUAUUCCGACUUACUGUUUGGGAGCACUAGAAUAGACUUUUCACUGAUUACACAUUAACAGUGGUUUUGUUAGUAAGCUAUAUUUUGUUUAUAUGUACAAAUAAUAACAAUAGAAUUUU